AUGCCACGUAAGAGAAAUAACACGAAAUUUACUAGAAAAUAUCAAGAACAAACAGGUCCAUUAUCAUCAAAUAAUGAUGAUGAUAAUAAUAAUAAUCGUGCUAAUGUUAACCCAUUAUCAUUACCACCAACAAGAUUCGGAUACGAAUUGUUGCUAGAUCAGUACAAAAUGAUUAUAGAUGAAAAUAAACGUUUAAAAAACCAAAUCGAAUAUCUUGAAAAACAGUUGAUGGGCAAGGAAAAAGACGAUACUGGAAAUUUUCUACUUCGUAAACCUCGAGUUGUAUAUAAUCAAUUAAAUGAAGGAAAUGAAGCAGAAGAAGGAAAUGGAGAAGAAGGAGAUGGAGAAGAAGCAAAUGAAAAUGAUGGAAAACAACAGCAACAAGAAGAUAAAGAUAAAGAUGAAGAAAAGAAAAAAAACGAAUUGAAAAAAAAGAUUAAGAAAAUAGCAAAUGUGUUAGGUUUAUCGUAUAAUGAAUUAAAAGGUUGUAAAAAGAAGCGGAUCACAAUAACAUGCCGCAAGGUUAUCAAACAGAUAUAUCAAUCACGUGAUGAACGGACGAUGGAACGUAUUAAGACCAUGUGUCCAAAUAAAGUUCGGGCAAUUCGUUGUAAGUAUACUCUCUUGCUCGUAGAGAAGAGUUUUACAAGAAUAGAUUGUUUGCUUGAUUGCAUGCGGUCCGCAUUUUAUUGAAUGGCAGAAGAAUAAGUCAAAGUUAAAGAUAACUUUUCUUUAGAAUUUCUCUGAGAAUUGAUUUUUCAAGGAUUGCAUCAGGUUUUUGAAAAAUCAAAGAUUUUUGUUAAGGAUUCACCGAAAAAUAAUUGAGAUCGAAGAACGUGAAUUUGAGAUCAGAUUUUUAAAAUCAAAUAAAUCAAAACAUUAGUAGAACUCUGUAGAUCACGAUUUCUAUUAGAAAGAGCUGGGCGAAUCCUACGAUUAAUGCUACUCGUUCCAGUUUAUAAGAUCUAGUUUAUUACGACCGUUUUUGUUUUGUUUGCAAGGACUUCUCAAACAGUAUUUUAGAAACUCAUAUUGACAUUCGAUGACGAAAAAUACAAGAUUUACUAUAGAGUAUUGAACAACAUCCAAGGAUUGACUAGAUAAUAUGGAGAAGAUUUAAAGAAAUAAUACUUAAAGACAUACCGGAGAAAUUUCGUAUAAAUUCAUCUUGAAUUUAUCUUGUAUGUGCCACCCAAAAUGAUCAUCUUUCAUCAAUAUACAUGUAUAUAAUCUUCUACCACAUCUGUAUAACGACUGUGGACACACCAGCAAUCAAACAGACAAUUUAUAUUUCCAUGAUGCUUCUCUACGAGAAAUAGAAUAAUAUUCGUUUUUUUUUGAUAUAACAAAAUAACCUUAAAAUGAUUUUGUGAAACACGAUCUGAAAGGAGUGUUGAAGUGUUUAGGGGUAGAAAUUUGGACCCACCCCGCCCCGCCCCCCCCCCCCAGACCCGGCCCGGAAAAAGCCCU